CAAUCGGACAUACCGUGCCUAAAAUUUGAGAAAAGCUGUUAGCGACAGUAUACUUGAAGUAUUGUUGCAAAAGCAGAAUCAUCUUCAGAGUUAGGUUUGGCAAGAGUCGGUUCACGCAAUCUCAUCUGAAAGUGGACUGAGUGGGAUUGGAUUGAGGAAAUAGAUCGAGAUCAAAAUCGAGUUCACCACGUCCUUUGUAGUGCGAUAAGAGCGGACGAACAUGGCUUCUGCUUCAUCGCCAGACCUACAGGGUCUCGCCCAGAAGCUCCUGAGCGGCGAUUUUGACAUCAACUUGUUGGAUCAAAUCGUCGGGGCAGCAUAUGAUCCUAUUUCACCGCACCGUGCCGAAGCAAACAAGGCUCUGAUGCAACUUCAAGAGUCACCAGAUUUAUGGCAAAUGGCAGACGGAAUCAUCGAACAGUCGCAAAAUCCAAAUUCCAGAUUCUUCGGAUUGCAAGUACUAGACGACGCUAUCAAAAUUAGGUACGUUUUAAUGUUUUGGCUUGGGAGUUCGGUAAUUAUGCAGUUUCCAUUGACUCUUCGUUCUUCUUGCGCCGUGGUCAUGUAAUUUUGGAUCAUGCAAAACUCACAAUUUUUUAAAUGUUCGCUCGCAACCGGUCUUGAAGAUGGAAAGUAAUACCGAAAGAUCAGAAAGAGGGAAUCAAAAACUUUGUGGUCGGGAAAGUUAUCAAAAUGUCGUCAGACGAAACCACCAUGAAACAGGAAAAGGUGUUUAUUGGUAAACUCAACCUCACACUGGUCGAAAUUCUGAAACAGGAAUGGCCUCAAAAUUGGCCUUCUUUCAUUAGUGAUCUUGUCGGAUCAUCCAAGACUUCCGAAGUCCUAUGCGAAAACAAUAUGCAGAUUCUAAAGCUUCUUAGCGAAGAGGUGUUUGACUUCUCUAGGGAUCAGAUGGUCACUGAAAAAGUGAAGAGAAUGAAAGAGUCGCUUAAUGGAGAGUUUUCGCAAAUCUUUCAGCUGUGCCAAUUCGUUCUGGAGCACAGCCAGAAGCCAAGCUUGUUAAGAGUGACGUUAAAGACUUUGCAAAGGUUUCUCACGUGGAUUCCCCUUGGAUUUAUCUUCCAGACCAAUCUCAUUGAAACAUUAUUGAACAAGUUCUUCCCAGUUCCUCUUUUCCGGAAUCAUGCUCUCGACUGUUUGACGGAAAUAGGCACCCUGCAAGAUCUGGAGCCGCAGUACGAUCCUUUGUUUCGAGGUUUAUUCACUACGUUCUUGCAACGACUCCGGGAUAUAUUUGCUCCAGACAUGGACCUCCGAAAGCCUUUUCAGGAAGGUAGUGAGGAAGAUUGUUUCUUCAUCCAAAAACUUGCUUUGUUUUUGAGUGGAUUCUUUAAGGCACAUUUCCGAGUACUAGAAACACCCGAGUCCGAACAAGCACUCAUUUCUGGAAUGUUUUACUUGGUUCGCAUUUCGGAGAUACAAGACGUUGAAAUCUUUCGAAUCUGUCUCGAAGCUUGGCACAUGUUAGCUGAGGAUCUCUACAAGGCCGACAACAACCAAUCUUCAUUUUACGACGCAUCUGCUACCAGUCGAGUCCUAAACUUAAAUGGAAACGCAUCCAGUAGAUCGUCUCGCAAAUUCGUCUACAGUUCAGUCCUGACCGGCGUACGACAGGUCAUGAUUGCCAAUAUGGCCAAACCUGAGGAGGUUUUGGUUGUGGAAGACGAAAAUGGAGAUAUCGUACGAGAAACCACCAAAGAUACUGAUGUCAUAGCACAAUAUAAAACAAUGCGGGAUACAUUAGUAUACUUGACUCAUCUGAACUGCGAAGAUACGGAGUCUAUCAUGCUUUCAAAGCUUUCGGACCAGGUCAGAGUAGAAUCAAAGUUUGAUUUCAAUGUUCUGAAUACACUCUGUUGGGCCAUAGGCAGUAUUUCAGGAGCCAUGUCAGAAGAUGAAGAAAAGAGAUUUUUAGUGACGGUCAUCAAAGAUCUAUUAGGAAUGUGCGAGGCGAAAAGAGGCAAGGACAACAAAGCGGUUGUCGCAAGCAAUAUUAUGUACGUCGUUGGACAGUACCCUCGCUUUCUUAGAGCGCACUGGAAAUUUUUGAAAACCGUUGUCAACAAACUUUUCGAAUUCAUGCACGAAGUACACCCUGGUGUUCAAGACAUGGCGUGCGAUACAUUCCUCAAGAUUGCAACGAAAUGCAAGCGCAAAUUCGUCACUCUCCAGCAGGAUGAACAGGUUCCGUUCAUAAGCGAACUGGUGGAAUCUUUGCCAUCAAUUAUCAGUGACCUCGAACCUCAUCAGGUUCAAUCCUUUUAUGAAGCAGUUGGUUGUAUGCUUAAUGACAGGGGGCCCAAUGUUGCGAUCGAUAGGCAAGUGCUUCAAUCGAAGCUCAUGGAGAUGCCAAAUCGUACGUGGGAAGUCAUCAUGGACCAAGCGAAACUUAGCGUUGAAAACCUGGUUGAUCCUGCCACCAUAAAGGAAAUCAUCAAAAUAUUGAAGACCAACAAUCGACUUUGCAGAAGUGUAGGAGGUCUAUUUACGUAUCAGCUUCAAACGUUCUUCAUGGAUAUGCUAAAUGUAUAUCGAGUAUAUUCGGAAAGAAUAUCGGCUGCAGUUGCCCAACAGGGUGCUAUUGCCACCCAGAUGAGUCUUGUCCGAACAAUGCGUAGUGCAAAGAAGGAAGUUUUGCGUCUACUAAUCACCUUCAUUGAUAAGAGUGGACCACCAGAAGCCGAGCCCAUGACCGUAGCGAAAGGUUUCAUUCCACCUGUCUUGGAUCCAAUUCUAGGUGAUUACAAGCGGAAUAUUGCGGGUGCUCGAGAUCCAGAAGUCCUCACGCUUUUUACAACGGUUGUCGAAAAGCUGAAGUCCAAUGUUGUUGAUGAAGUGCCCAAAAUCAUGGAAGCUGUAUUCGAAUGCACCCUUGAAAUGAUAAACAAAAACUUUGAAGACUUUCCGGAGCACAGAAUCCGCUUUUAUGAGUUUCUUAGGGCUAUCAAUCAGCACUGUUUUCCUGCUCUAUUUAAUAUCCCCCCAGAGCAUCAGAAGCUGGUCGUACAUGCUAUUGUUUGGGCCAUGAAGCAUAAAGAAAGAAAUAUUUCUGAUACGGUAAGUUUUCAACCUUUUGAACCACGGAAUAUACUUGACUCUUUGAUCCAGAUCAUGUUUUGGUUUUCUUUACUCAUUCUACCUUCACUUCAUUUGUGCGAAACAGGGAUUGGAAAUUUUACACGAGCUCUUGCUAAAUGUGGGCAGAACCCCAAACGUCGCCCAAGCGUUUUAUCAGCAGUAUCUCUUGUCGCUCAUACAAGACGUUUUCGCAGUGAUGACGGAUAGGUUUCACAAAUCAGGAUUUAAAAUUCACGCAACCUUACUGCGUCACAUGUUCCAUUUGGUGCAGGCUAAUCAGGUAACUGUCCCUCUUUUUGAGCCAUCAACCCAACCACCGGGACAGACCAAUCCUGCAUUUUUACGUGAAUAUAUUGGUAACUUAUUGAUCACAAGCUUCCCCAAUCUAUCGAAGACUCAAGUAUCAAAGUUUGUUGACGGGAUGUUUGACAUCAAAAUGGAUUUGUCAACGUUCAAAACACACCUUCGGGAUUUCCUUAUUGAGUUGAAGGAAUUCAGUGCUGAAGAUAAUUCAGCUCUUUUCUCGGAAGAGCAGGAAGCCGAACGACGACGACAAGAAAAGGCGAUGAUGGCUCAACGAAGCGCUGUGCCAGGAAUGAUUAAGCCAUCAGAAAUCGACAAUGAUUUGUAGGCAGGGGAAAAAAUCAUGUUAUCGAAAUACUACUUGGUAUCGCUAGUCGGCUAAAUACCGUUGAGAAAAUAAUUUAGUGAAUCGUAUUUACCUGAGAACUACUUCUACAAGGAUAGAAAUAAUGAUGGUUUUGCUUU